UGCUCAAUUCUGACCGAUCAUGCAAGAAAAGAUGUUAAUAUAAUCCUAAAUAUGAACAACAAUGUACAUUCAGACAUAUCCAGUGGCCUAAGUUCCAUAUAAGGAUGGAACAUUAUUUCUGUAUAACACUUCUUACUUUUGGGGCCUAUGCCCAAAAUCUUGAUUACAUCGAGAUCCCUGCCAGCAGUGCAAGAAUUGUCGAGAACGUUCCAGAUCAAAAUACGGCUGGUGGUCAUAUAAAUACUAACUAUUUUGGAGGCAUUGGAGAGCCAGAUUAUUAUGGAGACAAUUAUGGAAACAAAUACAAUGGAAAAUACUUUGGCAGGGAUGUGGAGGAUAUUUUAAUCAACAGAAAAUUAAGUGAUGUUGAAAAGUUACAACGGUCGCGGGGAUUAUAUGAACAUUAUGAAUACGACGAUGGGAAUCCAGACGUUCAAGGCAGAAUCCAGCGUCCUUGCCAAGCGUACGACACAUUCUGCAUCCGCAAGUUCUUUGCACAGCACUCCCAAUGCAAGAUAUCUGGGAGACAAGUCCCUGAGCCCCUUUUCCGAGCCCAGGCCACGCUCAACUACCCUAACUCGAACGUGUCGGCUACAUUUAACAAUUUGGAAUAUAGAGGAAUCAAAGACGGGAGAAUGUGUCAACACCGCGUCGUAACGGCGACUGGAAAUGGUUGUAUGGGUGCUGUGGACUUCGACCAAGUUACUUUCGCCUCUCAAACCUUGUAUCUGAAAUACUACCUGAGAGGUCGAGAACCGGUCGUAGUGCAGGACGCCGGUGGCGCUACGUUUGUGCAAGUAUCAGUAACGGCGGUGAUACCAAAUCUGAAAAACUUGAAGCUGGACCGCGCAGAAAUAUUUACGUAUAAUGGGGACCCUGUACCUCCGUUCCUCGCUGGCCCACGACUGGCGUUGAGCACAGGUAAUAAAAGUAUACCGCAAAAUGGGCGCGACGUACGUGGCGCGCUGAACGCUUACCAAACCCGGGUGCCUUCGGCGCCCUCAUACUUAAAGCGUUGGGUGUACCCCGACGUACGUGGCGCGCUGCACGCGUUCCAAAGCCAGGAUACUAAAAGAGUCGACGUACGUGACACGUUGUACGCUUACCAAAUCUGGGCGCUGGAGGCGCCCUCAUACUAA